CUCAGCUACAGUACAUUGGCUCCUAUCAGAAGGAUGGAGAGAGGGGCUGGGGAAUGUGAGGCAGUUGCUUGGCUACAGUAAUAAAGGCACAUUAGCAUGAUGGAGUGUAGAGAGACACAGAGAGUGUAAUGUAUGUUCUAGUGUGUGUCUGGGUGAAUGAGGAGGACCCUCUCUCUUUCUCUCACUGUUCAGUUAAUCCUUCUGUCAGUUGAUGUUAAGGCAGCAUUUUAAGCACUGGAUGCAGAACGGAAGAGGCACAGAUUAGCAAGGGAAGCGCAGAAUCACUGGGAAGACCUGGAACAGAGAGCAAAGCUUGUUUUCAGCACCAAGGAGAGAGAAACCAAAAAAAAAAAAAAACCAACAGCAUCAACAGCUAUUCCUCUGUGCUUGCUGCAUCCACAGCUCGGAGCCUCAAUACAGCUUGGAAGGCCAGGGGGGUGCUCAUUCAGAGACUUCGAGAGGAGAUUUUUCGUUCUCCAGACAAGCAGCAACAAAGAAUCUUUGCUUGGGAAGUAGGGCUUAUCUUUCUUCUCCGCCAAUGCAAAAGGAAAUAUGCAGUACAUUUUUGCCUUCUUCUGCACCAGCUUUAUAGGGGCAGUGCUUGGGGUAAAUUUCCCCAAUUUUCCAAACAUUAUUCAGAUCGGGGGCCUCUUCCCAAACCAGCAAUCCCAGGAACAUGCCGCCUUUCGUUUUGCAUUAUCGCAGAUGUUGGAGCCCCCAAAGCUUCUGCCCCAAAUUGAUAUUGUGAAUAUCAGCGACAGUUUUGAAAUGACCUACACCUUUUGUUCACAGUUUGCCAAGGGAGUGUAUGCCAUAUUCGGGUUCUAUGACCGGAAGACAGUCAACAUGUUGACAUCAUUUUGUGGUGCUCUCCACGUCUGCUUUAUCACCCCCAGCUUCCCCGUAGCCACUUCCAAUCAGUUUGUCCUGCAGCUCAGGCCGGAACUUCAGGAUGCCCUAAUCAGUGUAAUAGAGUAUUACAAGUGGAAAAAGUUUGUGUACAUCUAUGAUGCAGACCGAGGUUUGUCUGUUCUCCAGAAGGUGCUGGACACAGCGGCAGAGAAGAACUGGCAAGUGACAGCUGUCAACAUUCUCACCACUACAGAAGAAGAAUACCGUCUGCUUUUUCAGGAUCUGGACAAGAGUAAAGAUCGCCAGGUCGUGAUAGACUGUGAGUCCGAAAGACUGAAUGCCAUACUCACCCAGAUCAUCAAGCUUGAAAAGAACAUUGUCGGUUAUCACUACAUUCUUGCCAAUCUGGGUUUCAUGGACAUUGAACUGCAGAAAUUUCAAGAAGCAGGUGCCAAUGUGACAGGAUUUCAACUGGUUAACUACACGGACUCCAAGGUAUCCCAGAUAUUGCAGCAAUGGAAAUCCUAUGAUGGUCGGGAACAACCUCGUGUAGACUGGAAGAAACCAAAGUAUACCUCUGCCCUAACGUAUGAUGGUGUGCGUGUGAUGUAUGAAGCCUUCCAAAAUCUGAGGAAACAAAGAAUAGACAUUUCUCGCCGUGGUAAUGCUGGAGAUUGCUUGGCCAACCCUGCUGUUCCUUGGGGGCAAGGGAUCGACAUCCAGAGGGCUCUGCAGCAGGUUCGACUGGAGGGUUUGUCUGGCAAUGUUCAACACCCACUUUAAGUGAUGUCUAUCCAGAAAACAGGGGCAGUGAAAAUUGCUACAUGGAAUGAAGAUGACAAAUUGAUCCCAUUAGCCACUGAUGCCCAAGCAGCAAAUGAAACCAUAGGGGUUCAGAACAGGACGUACUUCGUUACCACCAUAUUGGAAUCUCCCUAUGUUAUGUACAAAAAGAAUGCUGAUGAAUUUGAAGGCAAUGAUAAGUUUGAGGGGUACUGCGUCGAGCUGGCUCAGGAAAUCGCCAAGCAUGUUGGAUUUAAGUACAAACUGGAGAUUGUAAGGGAUGGGAAAUAUGGAGCUCGUGAUUCAGACAUGAAGGCAUGGAAUGGAAUGGUGGGGGAGUUGGUGUAUGGGAGAGCAGAUCUUGCGGUGGCUCCAUUGACGAUUACUCUGGUCAGAGAAGAAGUUAUUGACUUUUCCAAACCUUUUAUGAGCUUGGGUAUAUCCAUCAUGAUCAAGAAGCCUCAGAAAUCCAAGCCAGGUGUCUUCUCCUUUUUGGAUCCACUGGCCUAUGAGAUCUGGAUGUGCAUAGUGUUUGCCUACAUUGGAGUUAGUGUGGUGCUCUUUUUGGUCAGUCGUUUUAGCCCAUAUGAGUGGCACAAUGAAGAGUAUGAAGAGGGAAGAGAGCCACCUUCUACGGACCAUACAAAUGAAUUUGGGAUAUUUAAUAGCCUCUGGUUUUCACUGGGAGCAUUUAUGCAACAGGGGUGUGACAUUUCCCCUAGGUCUCUCUCAGGACGCAUAGUGGGCGGUGUCUGGUGGUUUUUCACCCUCAUCAUCAUCUCAUCUUAUACAGCAAACUUAGCGGCCUUCUUGACAGUGGAGAGGAUGGUAUCGCCCAUCGAGAGUGCUGACGAUUUGGCUAAACAGACAGAGAUAACAUAUGGAACCCUAGAUUCUGGAUCUACAAAAGAAUUUUUUAAGAGAUCUAAAAUAGCUGUGUUUGAAAAAAUGUGGACUUACAUGCGUUCAGCGGAACCCUCGGUUUUUGUUAAGACCACUGAGGAAGGGAUGAACAGAGUGAGAAAGUCUAAAGGCAAAUAUGCCUAUCUUUUGGAGUCCACGAUGAACGAGUAUAUAGAACAGAGAAAACCAUGUGACACCAUGAAGGUGGGAGGUAACUUGGAUUCCAAGGGCUAUGGCAUUGCCACCCCAAAGGGGUCAGCUCUGAGAGGUGCUGUAAACCUAGCGGUAUUGAAACUCAGUGAGCAAGGCGUCUUAGACAAGCUGAAAAGCAAAUGGUGGUACGAUAAAGGGGAAUGUGGAAGCAAAGACUCCGGAAGUAAGGAUAAGACAAGUGCACUGAGCCUUAGUAAUGUUGCUGGGGUCUUCUACAUCCUGAUUGGAGGUCUUGGAUUGGCCAUGUUGGUUGCGCUCAUUGAGUUUUGCUACAAGUCAAGGAGUGAAUCUAAAAAGAUGAAGGGCUUCUGUUUAAUUCCACAGCAAACAGUCACGGAGACGGUUCGGAUGGCAACCUUACCAAGACCUUCCACAGCAGGAGGAAGUGGUGAAAAUGGCAGAGUGGUUAGUCACGACUUUCCCAAAUCCAUGCAGACAAUUCCAUGUAUGAGUCACAGUGCAGGGAUGGCCCUAGGAGCAACUGGAUUAUAAUACCAGCAGACUUCACACCACCUGGUGAAGCAGUCAUGACCUUUUCCCCUGUUCCAGUGCCAAAAACAAAAGGACACAUUUUAUGGACUUUACACAAGUCACUCAAAGAUUUAUUUUUUGUUCUUUAUUUUUCUUUGUCCUUUUUAGCCACAUGUGGCAAACUUACACAUCAAUAAACUGCAAUAAAGAGCUGAUAUUGGGAAGAACAGAGAUCCUACCCUGUGGGCUGGACAUUUGAAUGUGUUUCAAUAGACUCUGAUCCCACAAUGAUUCAGCUCAUCAACUCUUAGUAUAUUGAAUUAUUUUAGGGAAACAUUUACCAUAUUUUUUUUUAAUCCUGUGUUAGCUUUCUGAACACACUUGGGCAUACAAUCUGCUGGCAUUCCCAUCAGGAUUUGAACAAACAAGAACUGGAAUGUCUUACAAAUGAAAAACCAAGAGAGAUAAGUUUGAGGUACACAGUGUCAUCUUUGAGCUACAAAAGGCAUUAUAACAAGAGAAAGAGUUGAACUAAAGACAGAGUAAAAGCUGUACAUAGCAAAUGGAAAGCAAAAGAAUAAAUAAAUAUUCAAGACUAUGAGACCUGUGGUGCAAGAUUACAAAAAAAGAGACAACUGAACGGCAUUAAUAAAGGCUGCUAAGAAUGAAUGCCAUCAGAUAUCUUGUUUACCUAUGUGGAUACAAGUGUAAGCCAUGAACGACUCUACAGAAUAGCAUCGGUAAUCUCAACAAUGCACAACCACUAGGACUUGAUAUCACUUUGCAAAAGUAGAUGAUUUAUGAUUGUGUUUCAAGGCAUAUACUAUUAACAAGAAUGCCCAACAGAUUGAGUACAGGCACAGAGUCUUGUAGGUCUGUUGAGCUUUUACUGUAAUGUCUACAAACAUCUAGACAUAAAAUGUAUUGCUUUAAGAGUUUACAGUCUUGCAUAAGCUGCCAAGUUCUGUAAGGUGGUUAAAUAAGAAUGUCAAUGCAUCUUAAAAAAAAAAA